AUGCAUCGAUUUUCCACUUCAAUUUGGCUAAUUGCUGUGACCUUAUGUUUUUCUAAAUCUAUGGGUAAUCCCGUGGACGGUGAAAUAUUCAGCGGCUUGAACACUGUCCAAUACGAGAUGCCUCCAUCAUGCGUAGGCCAAACUUUCUGUUUCGAAAAGGGUGAUAACUAUCCUGAAGAACAGGUCGAAAAAUUGUUAAAAACCUACCCUAUACAGGAAACCUAUGGCAUUGGCUUUAGAACAGGCUUUAGUUUCCGAAAUGGAAACAACGAGAAUGGUAAUGUAGAUUGUCCAGCAAACACGACAUUUGUUGAUAAACCCAUUUACUAUAUUGUUGAUGAAUCGGGAAUAGUCAGACCAGUUAUUCAGUCCCCCAACAAGUUCGAGCAACUCUACAGUACCAGAUGGUGUCUGUAUCCAGGAAUAGUCCGUAGGGAUACGCCACAUUUCUUCGUUGCAUCACAAAGAUUAAAGCGUUUCCAAAUCGAGUGUCUUACAACGUACAUGAAUCUGGAUUUCAUGGUGUUGGCAGAUGAAGAUUUUGAACCCACAUUGAAGAUGAUGCACGCUAUGGGCGGUAUUCCAGUUUGCUGUAAAUGUCAAUAUCAUACGAAGAAAAUUCUGCAAUAA